AUGUGCGACGUCUGCAAGACCGGCUACAACCUGACCCGCGACAAGGGGAAGGGGGUCAAAAACACCAGCGCCUCUUAUGGUGGCCUGUGUGAGCCCUGCGCUUCCAAUUGCAACGCUUGCGACAGUGCAGGCCCAAGCAAAUGCGACAAGGGCAAAUGCUGGACACGCUACGCCAACAACGGGACGAUCUGUUCUGCUUGUACUUCGAGCUGCAACAAAUGCUCCACAGCUGGGGCUGGCAGCUGCGACAAGGGCUCUUGUGACCCGCGCUUCACCAACAACGGCACCCUGUGCGCAGCCUGCAGUGACUGGUGCCAAUCCUGCGACACCUCGGGCCCCAAGCGCUGCGAUAAUUGCGAUGGGCGCUUCUAUCGCAGCGACGCAGGGCUUUGCGUGGCCUGCGCCGAGAACUGCAAGUCUUGUAGCAGCUCUGGGUGUGAUGAGUGUGACGACUCCUUUGGACUUCGCGACGGAGAGUGCUCCCGGCUGUGGAGUGGACUGGGGGUCUUCGGCAUGGCCGUCGCAGCGCUGAGUGCCGUUGCGUGUUGCGGCUGGGGUGCAAUGAAAUGCAAGCGCGACCGGAGCCUGAGAGAAGUGCAGCAGCCCCUCCGUGAACGGCAAGACAGAUCGUCGGCCCUGACGGGCGUGGCCCCGGCGGAUGCGAUGGUCAUGGGCGAGGUGGGGCCCUCGGCCCCUCCCGUGCCGCCUCCCAGUGGCCUCUGGCGGGGAUACUACGUCUACGAGCGAGUCAAUCACGACGUCUGCGAGUUCAACUUGCAGUUCUCUGAGAACAGGAAUGUCCGCGGCGACGGCGUGGAUGACGUAGGCGCCUACAACAUCUCCGGCAGUUUGGACCGUUCCAUGCGGGAGAUUACCUUUCACAAGAAGUACCGGCGUGGCACCCGAAAUCACUUGGGCUUCGUCAACGAGGACAACGAGGGCCACACCGUGGCGCCACUGCUGGAGGAAGCUACCGGUGGGCAAAACGUCAUGGGCGGUAUCUGGUUUCCCGAAGGCCGAGCCAUGCGCCUGGCGCUGCAUGAUCCGCCCGAGGUUGAGAACUGGUGGCAGGCCGGGCAGAUCUACUUGAUGCUUCGCUUCGCCCGUAUUGGUUGCUUGGAGGUGUCGGCAGCAGAUUUCCGAAACGUGGUCAACACAAAAGGGCCCAGCAGCGGUCGGGAGACUUGGAUGUCGGUCCUGCACAGCCGGCUCCCGUAG